AUUGGCUCCUUUCUCUGUAAGGUAGAUGUGUAUUAUACCCGUUUUACAGAUGAGGCAACCAAGUUACAGAGAGGUUAAGUAUCUUCCUCGAGACCAGCUCUUAAUGCAGCUAAAAAGUGACAGUUAGGAUUAGAACCAUGUAGACUCCGCUAAGCCAAACCCACUGUAAUAACUGCCUCUGGGACCCUAGAAUAAAUCCCGCUGCAACUCAAGAAGCAACUUUUGAGACUUACCUCUUCCUCUGAAUCAGGUCUAGAAAACAUGGAGGAGGAAGGGUGAGGAUGGGGAAGGCCAAGAGAUUCUUUGUUUUGGCUCUAUGUUCUCUGAAUUGCUUGGUGAAUUGGAGGAUAAGGUGGAUUCAUUACGUGGAUAUACAGUGUAUGGAUAUCCUUUUGAAAUCAUUCUUUAAAGAGACCAGUCACAUUUUCGCAAACUGCUUGAAAUUCAAUGUAAAUUCAUUCAUUCUGCUGCUGGCUGAAGCUCACUUCCUCACCUCAGAAGGCACUAUCUAUCCUGAUCAAACUACUAGCCAAAGUGAAUCCCUUCUGCAUAGGACCUGUACUUCCCUGCUCAGGCUGUGCAGAGCUCUAACACCAGUUAUCAGACUGAAGGCAAAACCAGUGACGGAGGCAUGUCUUGAGGAAAACAAGAGUCAUCUUGCAAUGAAUGAAUCUAUUUCAGAUGUGGAAACUAGAAUACAGAAGUUAAAUAACUCUCCCAAGGUCAUGGAAGCUAUAAGGAGCAGACAGAAUGUAAACUCAGGCAGCCUGGCUUCCGAAUCUGAGCCCUCAAUAAUCAUCCCAUGCUGCAUCUCACCUGGCCUCCAGACUUACCCGUCUCUGCCAUUCCUAAGUAUCCUCAGCACACUAAAGUCAUGUAAGUAAAAACUCGAAUUCUCAAACUCUUGGAAAUUUCAAAGAAGGUGAGCCCAGCAAGAAGGCCCCAAUUGGCCAUUAUGCUGAGUCAGAAAUGCUUGGCCAGGGCUGGGUGGGGCAGUCACUAAGCUCAAAUGCUCAGGGGUCUUGGUUCACAGAUUUCCAUGACUCUUUCUCCACUGCUGUCUCUCCCAUCCGAGAUGUUCCCUCUUCCUAUACAUAGCCCUUCUUUUCCCUCUUCCCUCCUCCUCCCCUUCCUCCUCAUUUCCCUUUUGCAGGGAGUCCAACCCUGUUGGACUGAGAAGAGUGUAUAUUAUCUCUCAGAUAUAGAUAAUCUGAGAGAAGAAAAAACCAUCUUUAUCACCAUGUAACUGAAUCAAUUCAAGAGGCUGCUUUAGGAUCUCAAGAGCUCUUUUGCCUUUCCAUGCUUCAUAGAGAAAGUGUAAGUAAAAAGGAUUGUUUAGAGGUGUCAGUAUACCUAAAAGGGCAUCAUUAUCUCCGGAACAUCAUUCACAAAUUGUGUCAAGGAAUUGAUUUAAUUUUAGUCCUAGACUUCUUGUGUGUGUCAGGUACCUUUGGUUUGCUUCUCCAGGCCCACUCUCCACCUUCCUCUAUACCCUAGGAGCCUGACCCUGUUGACUCUGUCAAUGGGCUCCUAUGCCCUUUAGC